AAGAAAGGCAGGUGCUCAAAUAUAGACGUAGCUGUAGACCACACAGUAUUAAUUGGCAAUGGGCAAAAAGUCGAAAAAGCAAUCAGCGCUUGCCGUUGCCCCAGAGAGUUCAGCUGUGCAACCAGAAAAGUCGGAAGUUGAGCCUAAGCCCGAGGCUGAGCAACAAUAUGUGGACAAGAGCUUAGAGGUGUUUCUCUGGCUAAUGGCAUACAGCGUGCUCAUGUUUACAUUGCCUUUCCUUGGCUUCUAUGGGGUGCGCAGCUGGCUGGAGGAAUCCUUUCCCGAACUGAGCACAUUUCAAGUGAAUUGCUACUCUGUGCUGACGGCCGUGCUGGUGGUCAAUACAAUAGUAGCUAUGUAUGUAUUGAAGGCUGUCCGUGAAAAGGAUCCACCUGCAUUGGCAAUUGAGGAUGACGACAAUAAGAAGGAACAAUAAUUUAGUUUAAGCUCAGGCGUAAUAAAAGACAGUUUUUGUAACA